GACUGACGUCGCAGGCAACUCACAAGAACCAUGUGGAGUCAAGUCAGAACUCUGCUGUCCUCCUCCAUCUUGAUGACAGCGGCGGCAGCACGGCUCCACGUGGGCCAGCGCGCCUCCCUUACCAAAGUCUUCUCGGCCCGCCACGUGGAGCUGUUCGCCGAGCUAACGGGCGACACCAACCCGCUCCACCUGGACGCCACCUAUGCCGCCUCCACCGCCUUCGAGGCCCCCGUGGUCCAUGGUGUCCUCAUCAACGGGCUGAUCUCGGCCGUGCUGGGCACCAGGAUGCCAGGCCCUGGCUGCGUCUUCCUAUACCAGGAGAUCCGCUUCCCGGCGCCGCUCUUCGUUGGCGAGGAAGUGCUGGCCGAAGCCGAAGUGCGCAAGAUCAAGAUGUCGUUCGCUUUCAUCGGCGUGACGUGCUCGGUCAAGGACAAGGUGGUGAUGGAAGGGGAGGUGAUGGUUAUGAUGCCUGAGGGGAAGCAAGUGAAGUGAUGGCUUUAGGGGCUUUUGAAAUGUUUUUUCAUUGUUGAUUAUUAGUCAUAUACAUCACAGGCAGCCCCGUGUCACUCCAAAUCAAUAAAUCCAUCAGAAUCUU